GAGCGUCUCCAAAAUAUCAUAAGCAUUGACGUUUGCGUACAUGCAUCAUCCAGGGGCGGACCCAGAAAAUUAGCAAACAUGGGGCAUAUAAUAUAAGAAAGUGUAAAUACAAAGAUAUCUAGACAAUAAGCAUGUGGCACAUAAUGAAAUAACACUUAAAACAAGAGAUAUUUACAUAAAUUUUGAACAAAAAUCUCAAAUAUGUCAUCUAUAUAUAGAUAUGUCAUUCACUCUUCAUCGCCUAUGCUUUUGCAUAUCUCUUUUAUCUCUUCUUCAGUUUCUCCUCUCAAAAUGAAAAGCUUCGACACGAGCUCAGUGGUUGAAUCCGGUGCUGGCGCCGGGAAUAACGUCGACGAUGAUUGUCGGGAGAAGAGAACGGGGACGUUGAUAACGGCGAGUGCCCACAUAAUCACGACAGUGAUAGGUUCUGGAGUCUUGUCGUUGGCUUGGGCUAUAGCACAACUUGGUUGGGUGGUAGGAACAGUGAUUUUGGUAGCCUUUGCCGUCAUCGUUAAUUACACAUCCAGAAUGCUCGCCGACAGUUAUCGAUCCCCGGAGGGAACACGCAACUAUACUUACAUGGACGUUGUCCGAGUUUACCUUGGUGGUAGGAAAGUGCAGCUAUGUGGACUGGCACAGUUUGGGAGUCUCGUAGGGGUUACUAUUGGUUACACCAUCACUGCCUCCAUAAGCUUAGUGGCGAUUGGGAAAGCAAAUUGUUUUCAUGACAAGGGACAUGGUGCGAAAUGUUCCGUAUCAAAUUAUCCACUCAUGGCGGCGUUUGGGAUCGUCCAGAUUUUUCUUAGUCAGAUUCCUAAUUUUCACAAGCUCUCUUUUCUCUCCAUUAUCGCCACCGUUAUGUCCUUCUCUUAUGCAUCUAUCGGUUUUGGCUUAGCCUUGGCCGCUCUGGCAAGUGGGAAGGUUGGUAAGACGGGACUGACAGGCACGGUGGUUGGAGUGGACGUAACUGCGUCUGACAAAUUAUGGAAGUCAUUUCAAGCGGCUGGAAACAUUGCCUUUUCAUACGCUUAUUCCGUUGUUCUCGUUGAGAUUCAGGACACACUGAGAUCAAGCCCACCAGAGAACAAAGUCAUGAAAAAAGCAAGCCUUGCUGCAGUCUCAACUACAACUGCUUUCUACAUCUUAUGUGGCUGCAUCGGAUAUGCUACAUUUGGAAACCAAGCCCCCGGAGACUUCCUUACUGACUUUGGUUUUUAUGAACCUUACUGGCUCAUCGAUUUUGCUAAUGCUUGCAUCGCUGUCCACCUUAUCGGAGCUUAUCAGGUGUUUGCACAACCAAUAUUCCAGUUUGUUGAGAAGAAAUGCAAUCAGGCGUGGCCAGAAAGCAACUUCAUCACCAAAGAACAUUCGAUGAACGUACCGUUGCUUGGAAAAUGUCGCAUUAACUUCUUCAGACUGGUGUGGAGGACAACCUAUGUGAUUUUCUCAACAGUUGUAGCAAUGAUAUUCCCCUUCUUCAACGCUAUCUUGGGACUUAUUGGGGCAGUCGCAUUCUGGCCGCUAACAGUUUACUUCCCGGUGGAGAUGCACAUCUCGCAGAAAAAGGUUAAGAAGUAUUCGGUGAGAUGGAUAGUGUUGAAACUCCUUGUUUUCGUUUGUUUAAUUGUUUCACUCCUAGCUGCCAUAGGAUCCAUCGUUGGCUUGAUAAGUAGUGUCAAGGCAUACAAGCCUUUCCACAAUUUAGAUUAGUUACUUGUAACCUAUGUUAUCUGAAUACAUAGUUAAUAAUGAGUUAUGUUAACAAUGGGUUUAUGGAUGAACAAAUAAAUAAUUACGAGCUAUGUUAUUUAUAUAAGAUGUUAAUUUAACUUGUU